CACGACGCUGUCGAAGGAGUGCAGCAGUCAUGUCAUUGCGCCGCAGUGUUGGCCUCGGCGCGCGUCUUGGAGCGUCGUGCCGGCAGUGUCCGUCCAGGGAUGCGCAAAGGCGGCUAGCAUCGACGGCGUCCCCUUCUACUCCUCCUCCCCCUUCCCCGUCUCCGAAAUCUUCUGGCGGUGGAGCGGUGAGAUGGCUGCUCUCCAUCGGCCUCGUCGGGACAGCGAGCUACUUUGUCGGGUCGCUGUACCCGCCGGCAAUGGUCACGAUGGCCUAUCCGCGCCCCGUGGGCCCGGCGCCGGCGCGGGACUCGGACGAAGGGCGAGCGUACACGGCCAAGGUGGAGAAGGCCAUCACGGAGCUGCCCCUGGUCAAGAAGCUGGCAGCGAGCGCGAGUCGCGCAUCAAAGCCUGACCUUGCUCCCUCGGCGGCCAAGAAGGGGACCAGCCCCGCGACGGAGCUGCCCGACGACAGGAACACGGACAGGAACGAGCAAGUGGCACACUACUAUAUCUCGAGGCCCUAUGCAAAAUUCCCCGCCAACAAGGCCCAGCACUCGCUCACGGCCGGCAGCCUUCGGGGCCCAGGAAUGAUUGCGGUACCGCCCCUGGUGCUCUCCCUCACGGCCCACGGCGCGAGAACGCUGGGUGGGACCAAGGGCGAUGCGUUUGCCUUUUUGCACCUGGGCAGAAGCGUCUGCGGACACGACGGUCUCAUCCACGGCGGCCUCCUCGCCACGGUGCUCGACGAGACACUGGCCCGCACAGCUUUUUACUCGCUCCCCAACAAGAUCGGUGUCACGGCGCACCUCGAAAUCGACUACCGCAAGCCGGUCCGGGCCGACCAGUUUGUCGUCGUCGAGACGCGCCUCGUCGAGGCCGAGGGGAGAAAGGCGUGGGUGCAGGGCACGAUGAAGGACCUCCAGGGCAACACGCUCGUCGAGAGCAAAGCCCUGUUUGUCGAGCCGAGGAUGGCCCGCUUCCUCAACACGAGCGCAGUGCGGGCCGUCAUGGACCAGUCAGACUAAUGCGAUUGCGCUACGGGCACAGGCACUUUUCCUCGCCUAGAUGGGAUUGGACACCUAUUUCGACUCUACCAUGACGUUUCUGACAACAUCAGCCUCCUUGUCUCUGUACACUCAAUGUAUGCAUGUAGCCAUCUCGCUAGCUCCCGCCUGGGCCGCUUUAUCUCGAAUUUUCAUUCCAUUCACCAUGCGGUCA